AUGGCGCCGGUGGUGAGCGCUUCACUGGGCACGUUGGGUCCCCUCCUGGUGAAGCUCACCGCUUUUCUUGCCGGUGAGUGCGGCUGCCUGAAAGGGGUCCGUCGCGAGAUCCGCUCCCUCAAAUCCGAGCUGACUAGCAUGCAUGCUGCGGUCCAGAAGUACACCAUGCUAGUUGAUCCAGAUGUCGAAGUGAAGGCAUGUAUAUCGCUGGUGAGAGAGCUGGCCUAUGACAUCGAAGAUUGUGUCGACAAGUUCAUUCAUCAGCUUGGCAGUGGCGGGCGCCAUGGAAGCUUCAUGGACUUCUUUCGCAAGACUGCUCACCGUCUAAAGACACUUGGGUCUCGGCGUGGAAUCACAACCAAGUUGAUGAUCUGA